AAGCUAGCAUGAAUGUCCGGGCUUUCUCGUUACUCCCUGGGUCCUAAAGCCCGCCCAGAAAAAAAAACCUGGUGCCUUGCAGAUAGUUCAUAUCCGAUAGCUUGGCGAUCUCAUGAUUGCUGCUUUCAAAUACAGGCGCGGCAAACAGGUUUUAAUGUGACUCAAGAAAUUGGAAAAGACGUGAUGUUUGAAAUCUUGUGCAAACAAUAAUACCUAUGAAAAUAGCAUUGUUUGUUCAGAGAACAUAAAGUAGAAAAUUAGUUGUAAUGGAUUCUCAAGUGAAUUACUCAAUCUCUGAAAUGAAACGGAAUUUUGGAAAGACAUUUCUCCACAAGCACAGUGAAGCUGAUAUGGAAACAAAGGAAGAUCUGAGAAGGAAACUCCAUCAAGCCAAGAAAGAUAAACUUGACAUAACUGCUAAGCAUAAUGCAGAGCUGUCAAACUAUGAAAGCCAGAUUGCAAAACUGCGAGCAGAAGUUGAGAAGGGUGAAGCUGUCCGACAAAGUCUGGAGUAUGAAUUAGCUGUAGCAAGGAAAGAAGUUGGUAUAGAACGGUAUUCAUCAGAAGAAAAAUUAGGUGGAGCAAACAAACAAAUAGAACAGCUGCAAGAAACCAUCAGAGCUCUUCAGCAGAAAUUGAAUGAGGCAGAGAAAGCAUUUCACAUCAAUAAGUGUCAGUGGGAUGAAAAACAGCGAAGAUUGAUCAAUGAGUUAUCAGAAAAGGAGUUGCUUAUUGGUACCUGUCAUGCUGAAUAUGAAACCCUUUUGAAGGAAAGGAUGAGAUUGGAUGAGAUUUUGAAGGAAAGCACCAGCACGUUGCAAAACGUCCGCAAAAAAGUACAAGAGCUAGAAAGAGAACAUAGUGGCUGCUCAGAAGCCUUGAGGAGACAGGCCAGCGAACUUCAGUUCGGUGCUGAGCGAGAGACUCGGCUUAGAAAAGAACUUGAGCUAGCUAUGGCCAGAGUAAAAAAACUGGAGGAAAACAUUGAGGCUGAGAGGGCGGCACAUCUGGAAUCCAAAUUUAAUUCUGAAAUCAUUCAGCUCCGGAUCCGAGACCUUGAAGGAGCUUUGCAAGUGGAGAAGGCCAGCCAAGCAGAAGCAAUCUCUGAGUUGGAAAUGUUCAAAAGCAAAUUUAGAGAAGUAGAAAACGCCUACGAGAGAGAGAAGCGUAAUGCUCAUGAGAGCUUGGAAAAAUUCAGCACAUUACAAAGGGAGCAUCUAGCUGCAAAUGAGCAGCUAAACGAAGAGAUAGAAGAAAAGGAGAAAGUAAUUAAAGACCUCUCUGAGACACUCCAGAAUAAUGAAAAAAGUUACAAAGAAUUACAGGCUGAACUUCUUCUGACCAGGAAACGACAGGCCUUCCUAGCAGAGACAUGUGAAAACAAUGUGAGAGAGCUGGAGUCACUUCUGGACAGCUUUACUAUGUCAAGCCAGUGGACAGCAGGCAUUCAUAAGGACAAAGAUAAAACUCCGAGCUUCACUCUUGUCCUUGAGACUUUGAGGUGUACCUUGACAGAUUACCAGAACAAGCAGGAAGAGGCAUCUAAUGAGCUAGAGAAAAUGACAGUUCUUUCUGAGAAAAUGGCAAAAGAACUUGAGGCUUCCCAACACCAGCUCAGAUCUCAAACUCAAGAACUUCAGGUAAAACACGACAGUCUGACUGAUACCAAGAAGGAAUUAAAUAAUCUGCAAACUAAGUGUGCAGACAGAGAAUCUUUAAUAGCUACAUUAAAAAUGGAACUACAAAACGUAUUGCAUUGCUUGGAGAAAGAGAAAGUGUAUUGUACAGAAUAUAAAAAUGAAAUUCAGAAGCUCACAGAGGCUUAUGAGAAGGAUACAGAGGAGAAGCUAACUUUCCUCCAUACUUUGUACCAGCACUUGGUAGCAGGCUGCGUACUUAUAAAGAAAUCAGAAGGCAUCCUGGAUAAAUUCUCGUGGUCGGAGCUUUGCACAGUCUUGCAAGAAAAUGUUGAUACGUUGAUCUCAGACCUCAACAAGGCUAAUGAGAAGGUAUCACACCUUGAAUAUGUUUGUAAAAAUAAGUCAGAUACAAUGAAGGAGAUUCAACAAACCCAAGAAGAGACUUUGAAGAAAUUUGCAGAACAGAUGAAAGCUCAAGAAAGCUGUUGGUUAAAGCAGAAGAAAGACUUGGAACAGCAAUAUUCUGUACUCCUUGGGGAAGUUCACAACAGGGCCCAGAAAUACCAAGACAUGGCAGAAAAAGCUAAAGAGAAGUUCUCUGCUACUGAAAAAGUCCAAGAGCAAUUACUCCUUGAAAAUUCGCACCUUAAAGCUUUGUUGACGCAAACUCAGAAAGAACAUAGAUCUCUGCUGGCGGCUUGCGCGCUGUUGUCUGGGGCACUGUAUCCUCUGUACUGUCGGUCCUGCGCCCUCUCGACCCAGAGAGAUGUUCUUCAGGAUCAGGUCAACACCUGUGACAUGUUCAAGCAAGAAAUCAGGGCACUGGCCAGUGCAUUGUGUGAAACUGAGGAGAGGAAGCAAAGCAAGGGGAAGAAGAAAAGGCAUUCCAGAAGCUGGAUACACAUUUUCCGAAAAAGUGUUAUUGCGGUGCUGGCUGUCCACAGGCUUCAAAUUUUAUGCAGCCAGUCGUGCAGCUGCCUUUUCUCCUGGGUAGAUGGUGUCAGAGAAGGCAUAGGAAUCCCUGUCUGCAUUGGAGAUUCCAAGGAUGUGCAUAGUCUGUCAAGACAACAAAAGGAGCAGAUUCGCUGCCUCCAAGCAUUCAGUUGGUUUACCAGUUGUGACCUUCUUACUGCAGUCCUUAGUUCUAUGGAUGAGCUACAAGAAGUAAUUAACAAGGCAGAUAUGAAAUCCUGGCUUUCGGGGCACUUGCUCACCAAUGCAGCAAAAAAUUCAUUUUCAAAACUUAUGGAGAAACUUUGCGUCGUGAUGGAAGUUACUCCAGUGGACAGCAGUCGGAGUAUGACUUAUGUAGAGAAAAACUCCUUGGUUCAAAGGCUGGCUCGUGGGCUCCAUAAAAUAAACGCCCAGACCCUUGAAGCAGGCAUAACUGACAGGACCCCUGCUACGAAAACCGUAGCAUCCUUGCAGAAGCAGAUAUUUGAAUUUACACAAAGGCUGCACACGGCAGAAGUAGAACGGCGGUCACUGCGCUUGGAGCUCACAGAAUUCAAACGGAAUUUGAAUGAGAUGAAGAAAGAGGCUGACAAAGCUCAUAGUUUGCAAGAGCAAUUAUAUGUGUUUAAGCAAUCCAAAUUGAUCACCCACGAGAGGUUUGAAAGUGCAUGUGAAGAACUAAAUAAUGCAUUACUCCGGGAGCAGCAGGCCCAAAUGCUUUUGAAGGAACAGGCGCAGCAGCUCCAGGAGUUGCAGUUUAAACUGGAAUUGCAUUCUUCGGAAGAGGCAGACAAAAACCAAACUCUCAGCGAUGCCGUAAAGAAUCUCUCCGAGGCAAAGAUGGAGCUGAGAAGAAAAGAUCAAUCUUUGCGUCAGCUCAAUAGACAUCUUACCCAGCUGGAGCAGGACAAGCGUCGGCUGGAACAGAACAUCCAUGAUGCAGAGAAUGCCCUCCGCAUGGCAGCCAAAGACAAAGAAUUAAUUGUUAGUCAUAUGAAAUCAGUGGAAUCUAUCUUUCAAAAUGUCAGAGAUCAGAUCUCGCUGUCGUGGACUACAGCAAGUAGGAACGACUUUGCCCUGCAGCUGCCUAAGCUGCACCUGGAGACCUUUACAAUGGAAGGGCUGAAAGGCGGACCAGAGGUUAUAGCAUUCCAGGCGAUGAUUAUAAGUUUCAUAGAUGUCUAUCAGUUUGCAUGCUCAAGAGUCUCUGCAUUAGAACGAGAAAUAACAUCCCAUCGGCAUCACAUUGCAACUCUGAAAUCAGAACUCCAAACAGCUUGUCUUCGGGAAAAUGAAAGCUUACACUCAGAUUCACGAAACGCUUCAAGCAUCCAUACUGUGUCAAGUUCUUUACCCCAGCUAGAUCAAGGCUGUCUUCCAGGGUUUUUGCCACUGAAGUCCGAAUCAGAUUAUGAUCUGCCUUUUACCUUGGCACAUAAUGGACCUCCAAUUUCAUCCUUUCCUUCAAACCUACAUGUCAUGUCUGCCAAAAGAGCAAUGCCAAAUGGAUGCUAGAAUUCUAGUCAUUUUGUAAAGCAGCUGAAAGAGAAUUAAUUAAAGU